AUGGGAUUGCUGAGAGUGUCAAACUACAAGGAAUUGAUAAAUAAUAAAUGUAAGGAAUGUAAAGUGACACUAAGGUUCAAUAACAAUGACAAGGAAGGAUCACCAUUAGGAUAUAACCACUAUGAUGAGAUUGUUGUAAGUAGGUGUAUUGAUUCAGAUGGGAAGAGCAAAUACUCAGUAAAUGGACACAGCUGCAGUUCUCUUACCGUUUCUAAAAUGUUUGGCUCUAUUGGGCUAAGUUCUGUUAAGGGAUCUAGCUCUCCCUAUUUUGUGAUAAUGCAGGGACACAUCACAAAGAUUCUAAAUAUGAAAAGUAAAGAUUUAUGCGAGCUGGUAGAAGAAACAGCCGGGAUCAGAGGUUAUGAAAUGGAGAAAGAAAAGGCAAUGGCCAUGUUAGAAAAGAAAGAAAAUAAAUUAAUUGAAGCGAAGGAGAGUUUAUUUAGAAGGAUAUCACCAUUUUUUGACAAGUUGAAAUGUGAAAGGGAUGCUUACUUGGAGCAAGAAAGGUGUGAGGAGAAAAGAGAGAUAAAUAGAGCUAGGAAAGAGGAAAUAGAAGAGAUGUUAACUAAAAGUGAGGUGGGUAAUCUUAAAAAAGCUUUGGAAGAGACUUUGAAGGUGUACAUGGAAGAGAGAGUGGCGUUAGAGGAGAUUGAGAAUAGAAUGGAUCAAAUCAAAGAUGAAAGUGAGGAGGUUGAUAUUCUCGGAAUACAAAUAUCGAUAGACCAGGAAUACAGAAAUAUAAACAAAGUUAAGAAGGAAAAGAACGAAGUAUUAAGUAAAAUAGGGCUGUUAAGUAGGGAACUAGAAAGUGUCUCAGAGGUACCUGAGAAUAACAAAAUUUGUGAUAUUUUGGAUGUAUUGAGAGAAAGAGAGAGUUAUCUAACGAGAGAAUUGAAAAAUAAAGAAAUGUGCAAAUCGGGAAUUAAAACCACGAUCUCGUGUGUAGAAGAGAAAAUUGAAGAACUGAGAAAGUUGAAGAGAAGGAGAGAAGAGUUAGAGUAUGUCAAAAAACAGGAAAAUAUGAAAGAAGAGGAGGGUCUUAUGAAGGAGAGUCUAUUAAGCUUGAUGGAAAGAAUUGAAAUGGUAGAGGAGAUGGAAAGAGAGAUGAAUGAACUAAAGCACACAAUCUCUGAUAUGAAGAAGAGAUUAAACUACCCUUAUGGUAAAGAGGGGAUAUAUGGAACGGUAGAUGAGAAUAUUUGGGUUAAGAGUGAUAAGUAUGGAUCUUUAGUGGAUACAAUAAUGGGAGGGAGAGGGAAGUAUAUUAUUGUUGAGAAUGAAAAACUUGGUGUUGAGUUGCUAAAGAAUACGAACAGGAAAAUCAAUGUAAUACCACUAAAUAAGAUAAAGGGAAAGAUUUUAAACUCGAACAUCUUGAAAGAAAUUAGAAAAUCAGGCGGUGUAAAUGUAAUGGAUGUUCUGAGAUACAAUGAAAAGGUUAAAAAAGCUAUUGAGCAUGUAUUUAACAAUUAUUUUAUAUUCGAAGAUUCGAACUCUGCCAAGAGGGUAUGCUUUGAGUACAAGGUUGUGUGUAUAACAUUGAGCGGUACUAUUUACGAUCCUAAGGGUACAUUAACAGGGGGUGAGUUACCGAGGUAUAACCACGUGGUUAUAAGAAAAUUGGAGAUUAUGGAGAAUGAGAGAAGAGUUAAGGAACUAAAAGAUGGUAUAAAUAACACGUUGGAUGAAAUAUCUAAAGAAAGUGUUGUUUUUGGAAGUAUUAACAUUAAAUGUGAUAUUACAAAUGAAUUAGAUUCUCUGAGAGAUAGGGUGAGAGAAAGAAUUGAUAGAUGGGAAAGGUUAGAAAGAGUAGAAAAGGAUAUAACACUAGUAAGUAGCAGAAUCGAUUUUAUAAGUAAUUUAUUGAAUGGAUCAAGUAAGGGAGAGAUAGAGCUAGAUGAAUUAAGGAGGGAAAUACUUGAGAAGGAAAGAUUGAAGAACGAGACAGAAAAAAAUAAUUUGAAGAGAGAGGAAUUCAGAAAUGAGCUGAGAGAAUUGGAAAAGAAAAGGAAAAUGAUUGAAUUGGAAGAGGAGAGGAUCUCAAGUAAGAUAAAUCUUUGUAAGAGGAGUGUUAGGGAGUGUGAUAUUAGGAAUAGUAAAAAGAGUGUUAGUGAAAGGGAGGAAAGAAUGCUAGAGCCAAAGAGGGAGUAUUUGGUAAAAAAUCUUAACAAAUCUAAGAACAAAAUGAAAAAGAUACAUUCUAAGAUAGAGGAAAGUUUAAACAAAGGGGGUAUUUCCUAUCCAACAGAAGGGGAGUCUUUCCUUCUCAAGGAAACAGAAAGGAAGAUGAAGAGAGUGAGUGUAAGGGAAGAGUGUUUAAUGAAUGAUGAAGUGGAGAAUGAAGGGGUGGGAGAAGAGAAAGUGAGAGAAAUUUUGAGGGAGUUGGGUAUAAAUGAGAGAAUCUUUCAUUUAGUUUCACUGCCAAUUAGCAGAGAGGAGGAAGAGAGCUUGAAGAGGGAGUAUUUUAACAUUCAGAGGGAGAUGGAGAGUCUAAGAGGUGUAAGAAAGACAAAAAUGGAUCCAAAAAAUUUUGACCUCUUGGAGAAGAAUGAGGAGAGCAUCAAAGCCUUGGAAGAAAAGAUCACCAGACUUGAGAAUGAUAAAGGGAAGAUAAAGCAAAGUAUCGAAGAAUUGAACAAGCUCAGUAAGACUGAGAUGUAA